GGCUGCGGUCCCGCGAUCCCGGCAGGAGCCGCCCGGCUCCGGGGCUGGAGCGAGGGCCAGGGAGAGCCCGGCACAUCCCCGCUCACCUCCGGGCAGCUCGGCAGCGCUGCUGCCCCCAGCGCACCUGGAGCCUCCUCGGCCUGCGGGAUGGCCGAGGGGGAAAUCUCCACCUUCAGCGCCCUGACGGAAAAAUUCAACCUCCCCUCGGGCAACUACAAGAAACCCAAGCUGCUGUACUGCAGCAACGGGGGGCAUUUCCUGCGCAUCCUCCCGGACGGCACCGUGGAUGGCACCAGGGACCGCAGCGACCAGCACAUUCAGCUGCAGCUGAGCGCGGAGAGCGUGGGGGUGGUGCACAUCAGGAGCACGCAGUCGGGGCAGUACCUGGCCAUGGACACCAACGGGCUGCUCUACGGCUCGUUACUGGGUGAGGAGUGUCUGUUCCUGGAAAGGCUCGAAGAAAACCAUUACAACACCUACGUCUCCAAACUGCACGCGGACAAGAACUGGUUUGUGGGGCUGAAGAAGAACGGGAACAGCAAGCUGGGCCCGCGGACUCACUACGGCCAGAAGGCGAUCCUCUUCCUGCCACUGCCCGUCUCAGCCGACUGACACCCGGCCCUGAGCCUCAGAGAUGGCCCCAAAUCCCAAAACCCGACUGCUGCUGCCUCCUUAGAGCUCAGCAGAGCUCCGAGCUUUAGGUCAAGGCUUUGCCAAUCUAGCCAAAGCCCCUUUGUUCUGCACGAAGCUUUGCAGAGAUGAGGGGAUGAGCCCUGCCAUCCUCCCAAGGUCCAGGGGGCCCCAUCUCCCCCUGCCCUCAGCCGUGUGCCCAUGUGUGCCUUGACCCUCAGCUGUGUGCCCACGUGUGCCAUGACCCUCAGCUGUGUGCCCCUCAGCUGUGCCCACAUGUGCCAUGACCCUCAGCUGUGUGCCCAUGUGUGCCAUGACCCUCAGCUGUGUGCCAUGACCCUCAGCUGUGCCCACGUGUGCCAUGACCCUCAGCUGUGCCCACGUGUGCCAUCCCCACGCUGCAGCUCCCAGGACCUGCCCUGGGCAGGCACUCAGAAAUGUGCCCAAGGAUCACACCGGUUCCCAUUUUGUGUCCCCAGGCAUUCUAAGGCAAAACCUCUCCAGGUACUUACUGUGUGUUAAUGUAUUUAUCCAUCCAGGUGUGUGGCUUCUGACAUGCCCUCGAGUAAUUCCAGAUUGCAGCACCAGUCCAGGGCCAGCCUGGUAAGUGCCAGCUGGGCAUGUUAAGCUGAACCAGGCAAAGCUCCAGCCUCAGACCUUGGCCUCCCUCACGACAUCAAUAGUGUGUAUUUCAUGCUAAUACCUGCCAUAUGUUAUUUGUAUUUAUUUAUUAAGUAAACAUGUCUCUUCUACAAGCUGUU